GCGAAGAGGACUGGUUUUCCAAAUCUCGGCGGAUGGAGCAGUAUUAUGCGUCUUCCUUCCUCACAAUUGCGUCGACAUCUGCGAAAGACUGGCACUUGAGCUUGUUUUCCUUGCGGACGAACAAAGAGGCUGCCAGGCUCUCAGACACCCAGGCCGACCUUAUUGUUAGCUCGGCUCCCAAUGAUUUUGAAGCUGAUAAGAACGAGGGCUCUAAAUCAACGGGGUGGGUGUUUCAGGAGCGAGCCUUGUCCCCUCGGAUAAUCCACUUUACUGCGACAUAAGUGUUUUGGGAGUGAGGAUCUCUGAUUCGCUGCGAAAGUCUGGAAACAAUAUUCCGAAGUUUAAGCAUGCUAAGCGACUCUCAUUUCCCAAAUGGGGCCACGAGGCUUCAUAAAAUACUCCCGAGCAUCAUAUACGAAGGAGUCUUUGAGCGAUACACGAAGCUAGAUCUCACGUUCCUGGGGGACAAACCCUUGCCGAUCGUUGGCUUGGAAGCGAGGCUGGAGCAAUACUAUGAAACAACAAGCACAUAUGGUAUAAGAAGUUUGGAGGGCGUGAAGUACUAGCAAAGCGAAGGGUUUACUACACCUUUGUUUUCG